UUUCCUGUGUGAGGGAGGGGGCGCGGGCCAGGUGCGCGCUCGAGGGCCGGCGGGAGCCUGCCAAGCUACAGUGCCUCUCAACCCUGAGACUCGGCUAGACGCCGAGAAUUGCAGUUACAGUCGUUUCGGGAAGGGCCAGGCAGGGCGCCGAGAGGAAUUGGCUGUGGGUCCAGCUUUGGACCACAUUUCCCAGAGGGCCGGGUGGCCGGUCGCUCUUCUCGCAGGAACUGGAACGUUUCGUCACGUCUGGCGGGACCGUUAGAUCCAUGAGGUGAGGGUCCGUGGGUCCCGGGGGAACAGGCUCGGCUAUGCAGGUUGCAACCCCGGGAGACCCGAAAGGCCUAAGUUGAGGAGACCGGAGGCAGUUCUACCCUUAUCCAGGUGCAGAAGAGAAGGAAAGAAUGCAAAAUGAACUUCUGCAAGCAAUGUCCAAGGGAUCAAUGAUGUUCAGGGAUGUUUCUAUAAACUUCUCUCAGGAGGAAUGGGAAUGCCUGGACUCUGGUCAGAUGAAUUUAUACAAAGAAGUGAUGUUGGAGAAUUUCAGCAACCUGGUUUCAGUGGGAAUGGUUUGAGUUGGAAUGGAAUAGAAGAAUUGGAAAUGAGCAGCUCCAGUGGGCUGAAGCUUCACCUUCAUCUUUCUUUGGUCCUUCCUACAGUGGCAUCUCUUUCUUCUCACCAAGGGACUGGAUCUGAUUUCUGGGACACCCACAGCAUAACCAUGUCCCAUGUCUUUUCUUGUGAUCAGGACUUUCCAAUUCUAAGCCAGCUGUGAUUUCCUUAUUGGAACAAGGAAAAGAGCCCUGGAUGGUUGAAAGAGAGCUGACGAGAGGCCUUUGUUCAGAUCUGGAAUCCAUGUGUGAGACCAAGAUAUUAUCUCUAAAGAAGAGACAUUUUAGUCAAGUAAUAUUUACCCAUGAAGACAUGCCCACUUUUAUUCAGCCCACAUUCCUCACUCCACAUCAAAAAACUGUUAAUGAAGAGAAACCCUGUGAAUGUAAGAUAUGUGGAAAGGCCUUUAAUCAGAACUCACAAUUUAUUCAACAUCAGAGAACUCAUUCUGCUGAAAAAAGCUACAAAUGUAAAGAGUGUGGGAAGUCCUUUAGUCGUGGCUCGCUUGUUACUCGACAUCAGAGGAUUCAUACUGGUGAAAAACCCUAUGAAUGUAAGGAAUGUGGCAAGGCUUUUAGUUGUAGUUCAUAUUUUUCUCAACAUCAGAGGAUUCACACUGGUGAGAAACCCUAUGAAUGUAAGGAAUGUGGAAAAGCCUUUAAUUAUUGCUCAAACCUCAACGAUCAUCAGAGAAUUCACACUGGUGAGAAACCCUAUGAAUGUAAAGUAUGUGGAAAAGCCUUUACUAAGAGUUCACAGCUCUUUCCACAUCUGAGAAUUCAUACUGGUGAGAAACCUUAUGAAUGUAAAGAAUGUGGGAAAGCCUUUACUCAACACUCAAGGCUUAUUCAACAUCAGAGAAUACAUACUGGUGAGAAACCUUAUGAAUGUAAGGAAUGUGGGAAGGCCUUUAGUAGUGCCUCAACACUUACUAACCAUCACAGAAUUCAUGCAGGCAAGAAACUCUAUGAAUGUAAGGAAUGUGGAAAGGCCUUUAUUCAGAGCUCAGAACUUAUUCAACAUCAGAGAAUCCAUACAGAUGAAAAACCUUAUGAAUGUAAUGAAUGUGGGAAGGCCUUUAAUAAAGGUUCAAACCUUACUAGACAUCAAAGAAUUCACACUGGUGAGAAACCCUUUGACUGUAAGGAAUGCGGAAAGGCCUUUGGUAGUCGUUCUGACCUUAUUCGCCAUGAAGGAAUUCAUACUGGGUGAAAGAUAAGCUCUGUUCAUAAUCUUUAUAAUAAGAUCUUAAAAAUAGGUAAUGGAAAAAAAAUAAAGCAGUGUAGUAGUUUUUUGAGCUACUAUAACAAUAUCAAGUACCUCAAAAUUGGGUGACUUAAAACAACAUAAAUGUAUUCUCUCACAGUUUUGGAGCUUUGAAAUCCAAAAUCAAAGUUGUUGGUAAGGUUGGUUCCUUCUGAGGACUUUGACGAAGAAUCUGUUCCAUGUCCCUCUCCUGCCUUCUGAUAACAACAAUCUUUGACAUUCCUUGUCGUGUAAUGCAUCAACUCCAGCCUCUGCCUCCAUCUUCACAUUGCAUUCUCCCUAUGUAUAUCGGUCUCUGUCUUGUUUAAGAGGAGACUCAUACAGGACAUGAGUCCUAUUGGAUUAGGGCACACCCCGAUGACCUUAUUUUAACUGAUUACAUCUGCAAAGACCUUAUUUCCAUGUAGGGUCACAUUCACAAGUGCCAGGGGUUAGGGCUUCAACAUAGUUUAACCCAUAACACUGUUAACAUUGUUUUUCUAACAUAUUUGUAAUUUUCUUUUAUACAUAACUUGUUAAAUGUAUUCUAAAAUGUAAAUUCAAGGUUUAAAUUAUACCUGCCUUCCCUCCAAAAAAGAUUCUGUCCCAAACUACUUCUUAAAUAAUUCUUUCCUCCCCAUUGUUUUAUUCUGCUUCUUGGUUAUACAUUUGUGUUUAUAUUGGCUUCAUUUUAGAGCCAUCUUUUCUAUUGCUCUGACCUAUAGAUCUGGUACUACCAAUACUACACUGUAAGUCCUGUUACAUAGGCUGUCUUUUAAUUCCUGGCAAAAUUAUAACUUUGUUUUUGAAGGCAGCUCUGUUCUUUUUCCCUUUGGUAACACUCAUAUUUUCAUGUUGUAAAAAACACACAAAGGAAAUAAAUAGAUUAUCUGUAAGCCUUCCAAACAGAAAUUACUACUUUCAUAUUAUUACAACAUAUCCUUCCAGGCUUUCUUAGUGUAAUCUGAUGUGCAUGCUGUACCAUACCUGCUUCUAUCAUGCUACUGUUUCAGUAAGUAUAAAUAUUUAUUUAUCAUUAUUUUUAAUGGUAUCAUAGUCUUUUCUAUGGUAGAUUAUCAUUUUGCUAAAUACUACUGACAUACUUAAUGGUGCUCACUGAAAUUUUACAGUUAUAAAAAUUGCCUUUUAAAUACAAAUUUAGUGCUAUCUUAUUUUGUUUUGUUUUCUUUAAAAACAUUACGUUUCAGUAUCAAAAUAACUGAUCAGUAUUUCUCCUUGUAAACCAUAUCCCUCAUUGUAACCACUGAUACCAAUUUGUCUUUUAAUCUUCCAGACCUUUUUUUAAAAACUAUAUUUGUUUAUAAAUAUGUGCAUACACAACCAAAUACCUAAAUAUUUCAAUACUUGUAGAAAAGUUAGUGCUGCUUUGUAAUUUUAUAUGUGUGUGAAUAUACAUACACAUAUACACACACACUAAUGUGUGUGUUGGAUUGCUGCAAGGAUUAAAUGAGUUAAGAAAUGUAAAAUGGGUGGGAUUGUUACUAACAUAUAGUAACUAUCUAGCAAAUGCUAUUUUAAUACUAGUAUCAAUAUCUUCACCAUUAUUAUUAUCAUUUGUAGAAAGAAUGUUAACCAUGUAAUACACCUUAAUUGACAUCAAAGAAUUCAUAAUGAGAAAGACCA